UGAUAGGUCGGAUUAGUGCGAAGGCUUGGUAUAAAAUCAUGCGAACCCGCGGGUGGAUAAAGGUGGACGGACGGACAACCAGCCAUGUUUGCAAGCCGGGCCCCAGCCACGGUGGGAAAAGGCGCCAAGUUUUCUGUGGAAGAGCUGUAUGGUUUCACCAAGAAGCCCAAGGUUGCCAGAGGACAUUGUGGCAAAGUGGACAAAGCAGACAGCAGGAAGGAUGUGAAGGAGAAAGAAGAAUCGAUGCUGGCGUCUCACAUUCUGGAGGCGGCCAAGAAGGUGAUGGAGAGGCGGCGGCUGGAAAUCUACAUGAGGGAGUGUGACGUCACCAUGGAGGACAGCGGCAUGCCCUACAGAUAUCUUGGAAAAACUGGACUCAGAGUGUCCUGUUUGGGACUCGGAACGUGGGUCACGUUUGGCUCUCAGAUCUCAGAUGAGAUGGCAGACAGUCUAAUGACGUUGGCAUACGACAAUGGCAUCAACUUGUUUGACACGGCUGAGAUCUACGCCUCUGGCAGGGCUGAGACAACUUUGGGAAACAUACUGGAGAAGAAAAGCUGGAGGCGGUCCAGCUAUGUGGUGACCACGAAAAUCUACUGGGGAGGACAGGCCGAGACAGAGCGGGGGCUGUCGCGGAAACACAUCAUUGAAGGACUGCGCGGUUCUCUGGCCAGGCUGAAGCUGGACUAUGUCGACAUCGUCUUUGCCAACAGAAACGACGUCAACUCGCCCAUGGAGGAGGUGGUGCGAGCUAUGACAUUUGUGAUCAACCAGGGCAUGGCCAUGUACUGGGGCACCUCACGCUGGAAUGCGAUGGAGAUCAUGGAAGCGUACUCCAUCGCUCGACAGUUUAAUCUAAUUCCUCCGGUGUGUGAGCAGGCCGAGUAUCACUACUUCCAGCGAGACAAAGUGGAACUACACUUGCCAGAACUCUACCACAAGAUUGGAGUCGGGGCCAUGACUUGGUCACCUUUAGCCUGCGGAAUGCUCACAGGAAAAUACAACGGUGGCAUUCCUCAACGCUCUAGAGCGGCCAUGAAGGGUCACGGGUGGCUCAAAGAGCGUCUCUGCAGUGACGAGGGUAAGCAGCAGUUGAGUAAAGUCAAGGAGCUCUACCUGCUGGCGGACAGGCUCGAGUGCACCCCCGCUCAGCUUGCAAUCGCCUGGUGUCUGCGCAGUGACGGCGUCAGUUCAGUUCUACUGGGCGUCUCCAACACAGAGCAGCUGAUGGAGAAUCUCAGCUCCAUCCAGGUCAUGUCCCUGCUGACUCCAGCCCUCAUCGCAGAGAUGGACGAGUUGCUAGGCAACAAGCCCCGGAAGCCCAAAAAGGAGGCAAAGAUCUAAGAAGCAGUGUUUAAAGUGACCCCGAUGUCAAUUAACAACAUUUCCCAUUUGACAAAUAAAAUAAAUUAGUUUAUGUUAUUGUCGAA